AUGGCAAAAUCAACCGUCUUUCGGCGUGUGAAAGAUGGAACUCUUCGGCCACAUUCUAGUUCCAUCAAGCCUCAGUUAACCGAAGGAAACACUAAGUGGUUUUUUUUGUCCAAAAAAGUUGAAAGGUACUACCUGCUUCCUGAAGAGCAUGAGCCAGAUCCGUAUCGUUCUUACAAAAUUAAGGAACCAGCUAAGCGGAAUAGCAAAAAUCGAACAGCAGGAACUAUGGAAACAAAGCCCAUUCAGUCAGUAACUAAAGAUAUCACUAGAGCUUGCUUGAUAGAGAAAGAUCUUCCUGCUAUUAGGGCAAAAUGGCCAGCUUCCGAAUCACAUAAUCCUAUCUUUUCACAACAAGAUAAUGCAAGGCCACAUAUUGGUAACAAUGAUUUGGAAUUUAUUGAAGUUGCCCAACAAGAUGGAUUUGACAUUAGAUUGUGUUUUCAACCAUCGAACAGUCCAGAUUUAAAUGUUUUAGAUCUUGGUUUUUUUAGAGCAAUCCAAAGUCUUCAAUAUCAAAAGGCCCCUAAAAAUGUUGAUGAAUUAAUGUAA